CUCCGACGACACCCCGACGCCGCCACUCGUUCCCAGAGCUGAGCGGACCACAUCGUCGCAUCCUGUUCUCCGUCUGAAAUUAUCAUCUACAAUUAAAUAAAUAUUUAAUACAAAUCAAUUCGUCGUUAUCAUGUUACUGGCCAGUUUAACCGCGGCUUUCGCGGUUCUUUUCGUUGUUAACGCCAUACCAGCGCCUACCAACAAAGAUGGCGUUCAAAUCGGCGAAUUGCCGGAUAAUUGGGACCAGACAAAAGACGACACUCAAUCCUUGUUCCUCAACAAGAGUGACAAGAAUGACCUGGAACCGUACCCGCUUGCCUUAAGCGAGGAAGGUAACGUAGAAGCAUACGAGCAGAAUGUUGACCAACGUUUUGAUAACCCACAAUCCACCGGCGAAUUGGACAACUUGAUUAUGCGGUCGGAACUGUACGGAGAGCCGCCGUCCAUGAAGGGUCUAUCAUCCGGGUACGACUCUCGCCGACGCAAGCGCGGAAGUGGCACUAAAGUGGGAGGAGCGGGUGCAGCCACUAAAGUCGCUACUAAAUCUGGAUCGGGAAAAAAAAACAUGAAGCCCGAGGAUGUCCUUUCUUCAGUAGAAUCCACGUCUCAAGAUCACGAUGUCCAUCGUCUCAAGCGGGGAAGCGGAACUAAAGUUGGUGGAGCAGCAGCGUCGGCGAAAACGGCUACAAAAAAUUCUGGUGGAAAUAAAAAGAACUUUAGACCUAUUUCCGAUCGUCGCAAACGUGAUUCGGGUUUGAGCGCCGCUGAUGUCCGAGCUCUAUUAAAUCUUUGGGAGGCUCAGGAACGCAGGAAGCAAGAAUGGAACGCCAACCCGUGGGCAGCGGCCACGGAACACAACGGAUGGUACAACCGAAUGAAUGCACUAGACGACGAGCAGCCUGAAGUGGACGAGAAUGGCGAUGUUUGGUACAACGAGCCGGUCGUAGUGGGGCCCCGCGAGAGAGAUUUCCCGCGUCAUUCUUACUUUUCCGAACAGAACCGCAUGGCGCUUACUCAUGGCUUGCCGGACUUAUACCAAGUAGACCCGAAUGAGAUGGCGCAAAGGUAUGAAGAAGCUCGUCGUAAGAGGCAGUACGCAAACAAGAUGAAGCGAUUCAUGGUGGCAAGGAAGCGGUCGGAUGGCAUGAUGCACCAGAAUAACUACCGUCCCCGCGACGAUCUCUACACCCUCGCCGAGCUGCUGCGCUCCGCUCCUCGUGUGCAGGAGCAAGAUAUCCCCGUUUAUCGACGACUGAUUCUUUAAACGCAUUCUAUAAUGAUGCUUAUCCCUUAAAGAAUUCCUUCUAUAUUUAAAUUAUUUCUCUGUAACUCGGUGUUAAUUGAUAAAAAAAUGUAAGAAUAGGUUUUUCCGCUGAAUGGGCGAUUACAAAGUUUCACAUAUAUGGAGAUUAUUUCGCAUUUAAUUCUAUGUGUAGUUCAUAGUUACAUACCAAAUUAGAUUUAAGGCAUAUAGAACUAGAUAAAUCUUAUGUUUAUUUGUUUACUUUUUUACAUUAUGGCCUAACAUAGUAUAAAACAUGAAAUAUGUGUCAUGCUGAUUAUGUUUGUUCUACUCUUCUCUACCUCGGUUUCUUACAUAUCUUUUUAAUCAAUUCAGGAAUACGGACAACUUGUAGAUGUAUUUUCAGGUUCGAAUAUAGUUGCAAAUGGUGAGGUAAAACUUCACAUUUUAAUGGUAUUUAGAUGUAUUCGAUGUAUGGAAAUGGUAUUAACACUGCUAUAUUAAAUUAGUGUA